UUAUAAUUCACAAAUAAUGGCACUAGAUGCUGUGGUUUUCCCACAAGAUCCAUUUACAUAUGGUUACAAGGAUUGUUUAUACUCCUUGGAAUUUCAAGCAGCAGCAGCAGCAGAAGAAGAGAAAUUUCUCCUUGGAAUUAUCAACAAUAACAUUGAACAGAGUCUCAAUGCAAAUUGGGAUUCUUCUUCUACUUCGGUGUUCAAGGACCCAUGGGAUUCACACUCUUCCCCUGAGCCCUGCACCGUUGAUCAAUCUCUCACUUUACCUUUCCCUCCUCCUCCUCCUCCUCCUCUUCCUCUUCCUCCUUCCUCCGUGGAAGCCACCACAUGUCGCCGUAAACGACGUCGCAGCACCAAGAGCGCCAAGAACAAGGAGGAAAUCGAGAACCAGAGGAUGACACACAUUGCGGUUGAACGCAAUCGCCGAAAACAGAUGAAUGAGUACCUUGCUGUUCUCCGAUCCCUGAUGCCUUCUUCUUAUGUUCAAAGGGGUGACCAAGCGUCUAUAGUUGGAGGAGCCAUUAACUUUGUGAAGGAGCUAGAGCAGCUUUUGCAGUCUAUGGAGGGGCAAAAGAAAACAAAACAAGCACAAGAGAAUAAUAAUAAUGGCUUAAAUAAUGGCUCGCUCUUCGGUGAGUUCUUCACGUUUCCUCAGUACACGAUGCGUGAAACUCAGAACAACACAGCCACGUCGACCAUGGCUCAGAACCAGGAUCAGAAACAUUUGGCCGUUGCAGACAUUGAAGUGACCAUGGUUGAUAGCCAUGCCAACUUAAAGAUACUCUCAAAGAAACGACCCGGCCAGCUUAUGCAAAUGGUUGUCGGGCUUCAAAGUCUUAGGCUCAGCAUUCUCCAUCUUAACGUUACCACUGUGGAUGAUAUGGUCCUUUACUCAGUCAGUGUAAAGAUAGAGGACGGGUGUCAGCUGAAUGCGGUGGAUGAAAUUGCUGCUGCUGUGAAUCAACUAUUACGUACUGUGCAAUAA